ACACUUGACGACCUCCAAAUUUGAGACUUUUCAGUACAGUUCAGUCUAUAUAAGCCAUUCCAUUUGAACUGUUUCGUCUUCUGAACGACCAAAACAUGUUAGAACCUGACAGAUGAACGGCUGCAGCAGCUCUAUACUGAAGACCUUGAGGCUGAAGAAUCCGAAGCUCUUGUUGCUUGAAUCGUGCUCCAGCCUCUCCGAUCUGAAGAUCAUCCAUGGCCACAUGAUCAGGACCCAUCUCGUCCUCGAUGUUUUCGCGACGAGCCGUGUGAUCGCUCUUUGCGUAGACACCACGUUAUUCAAGAAUGCUAGCUCGCUGGUUUAUGCCCUCAAGGUGUUCUCUCAAGUGCCAAGCCCCAAUCUUUUCAUGUACAACGCGUUGAUCCGAGGAUGUUCGGAUCGUGAAAACCCAGAAAGGUCGAUCGAUUUGUACAUUGACCUGUGCCGGCUUGGCUUGGUCCCUGAUAAUCUGACCUUCACGUUCCUGAUCAAAUCUUGUACCAGAUUGAUCUCUCUUGUGUCGGGUUCUCAGUCCCAUUGUCAGGCUCUAAAACGUGGGUUUGACGGAGAGGUUCACGUGCAAAAUUCGUUGCUUCACAUGUAUUCAUCGCUUGAGGAUGUCGAAGCCGCCGGUCGAAUCUUUCGUAGCAUGAAGUGCUUAGAUGUGGUUUCUUGGACGACCAUGAUAUCGGGUUUAUGCAAGUGCGGGGAUGUGGUGUCUGCGCGUAGGCUGUUCGAUAGAAUGCCUGAACGAAACAUGUUCACGUGGAGUGUCAUGAUAAAUGGGUACACGAAGGCCGGUCGUUUCGAGGAAGCCGUCGAGCUGUUUGAGUCGCUUCAGCUGGAAGGUGUUAAGGCAAGCGAGACAGUCAUGGUCAGCGUUGUAUCUUCAUGUGGUCAUUUGGGAGCGUUGGAAUUGGCCGAAAGAGCUUAUAACUAUUUGAUCAGAAACAGCUUGAGCUUGAACAUGACACUCGGAACAGCUGUUGUUGACAUGUAUGCCAGAUGCGGAAGCAUCGAUAAAGCUACUCGUGUUUUUGAGGAACUUCAAGAAAGGGAUGCUUUGACCUGGACGGCUCUAAUCGCUGGAUUCGCAAUGCAUGGCCAUGUUCAGAAGGCACUUCAUUACUUCUCGAAAAUGCUCGAUGCAGGGAUUGUCCCUACAGACAUUACGUUUACGGCAAUAUUAUCCGCUUGCAGCCAUGGGGGAUUGGUGGGAAAGGGCUUUGAGAUUUUCGACAAUAUGAAGAGAGUUCAUGGAAUUGAGCCGAGGUUGGAGCAUUAUGGAUGUAUGGUGGAUCUUCUAGGCCGAGCAGGAAAGUUGAAAGAAGCUGAGAAGUUUGUUCUUGAAAUGCCCGUGAAGCCAAAUGCUCCAAUAUGGGGUGCACUUAUCGGAGCUUGCCGGAUUCACCGCAAUGCCAAAAUUGCUGAACGGAUUGGAAAGACUUUGAUCCGGCUGCUGCCGGAGCACAGUGGAUACUAUGUGCUACUUUCUAAUAUCUAUGCAAAAGCAAACAAUUGGGAAGGCGUAAAUAUAAUGAGAGGGAUGAUGAAAGAGAAGGGAGUGAAGAAAGAACCCGGGUUUAGCGCGAUCGAGAUUGACGGGAAAAUGCACAGAUUUAUGAUGGGAGACAAAUCACACCCAGAUAUACAUAAGAUCGAGAAGAAGUGGGAGGAGAUUGUUAUGAAGAUAAGAUUGGUAGGAUAUACUGGGAAUACCGAUGAUGCACUGUUCGACAUAGAUGAAGAAGAAAAGGAGAGCGCGCUGCACAGGCAUAGCGAAAAGCUUGCUAUUGCCUAUGGGAUCAUAAAAAUUGGUGCUGAGGCACCGAUUCGGAUAGUGAAGAAUCUACGAGUAUGUGAAGAUUGCCACAGGGCUACUAAAUUGAUCUCGAAAGUCUUCAAUCGGGAACUUAUCGUCAGGGACCGGAAUCGAUUCCAUCAUUUCAAAGACGGAGCUUGUUCGUGCCUUGAUUUUUGGUGAAACAAUGUGCGUGCGGGAUGUGUAUAAGAGCGAUUGACCAUCUUUCUUGCUCAUGGCUUGGCCCCUGAUGAUCCUUGUCAUAGCAAGAUAUUGGUAGACGAAGCAAAGCAUCUCCUUGGACUCUGAUUCGUGACAAACAGUCAUUGUGUAGCCUGACGGAAGUAGACGAAUUUAAAUUCAAAGUUGCACUUUUUUUCUCGAUUCAUCUCUCUGAAAUGACACUCAAGCAGCAGAAAUUCGUUGCUGCCCAUCCUCGACCGCUGAAUAUAUGAAGCUCUCUUUGCUCUGGUACAACACAAAAUUGGAAAAC